AUGCACAACUUGAAGGUGAAAGUAUUGUGGAAAAGGCCUUUAGAAUCAUUCUAUUCAAAAAGACUUUAUCAUAUCUGUUUACUAAGAAACUUAUAUAUUGUAAUCACACAGAAUAAAGCAAGAAGUCUGCCGGUCAAGUUGAAGACAUUCUCUUUCUCAGACUGUGGAGGACCUAACGCAUUGAUAAACUUAAACCAAAUUGAAGUCACACCAGACCCUCUGGACUUCCCUGGUCCUCUCAAUGUCGUGGCGAACUUUAAAAUCAACAGUGAUGUAGGGUCACCGAUGGUGGGCGAUGUAUUAAUUGAAAAGAAAGUCUUUGGAAAGUUUGUGAAAGUUCCAUGUAUUGACAACUUUGGUUCCUGUCAUUACCCUGACUUUUGUGAACUUCUAGAACAGGUUCAGUGCCCUGACCCCAUUAAGAGAAUUGGAAUCGAUUGUACAUGUCCAUUGAAGGCGAUAGGUUAUUAA